GAACGACAUUCCCGAUAAGGACGGGAGUCGUCACGGAAUUAGGGCCAGAGAUUCCCGACCACACACUAUAGAUGUCACAGCCAUACAUAUUGAGGUCCGUCCGUCGAAGUCUGGGGUAAACGCUUUGUGAAACGGUUAAUAUAUUACGCCAUUAGCCAUCUCCGUCCCCUCCGCAGUGAAAUGAAGCUUCCAGCCAGACAACCUUGAAGCAUAUCUCUCUCCAAAACGGCUGUCAUUCAGAGACUUGCUUGGUUAGCUUAAUCCUAACCCUUAAACACCAGCAAUGGCGACCAACACUACUUCUACAAUCUGUCUUUCCUCGGACCAUCUCGGCCUCGGCCGCCUCUCAGACAACCCAACUGGGGCGUUGGAAUUGGCGAACAAACUGCUGCAGCAGAACCACGAUAAGCACCAUAUCUUCUGGCGCGACGUUGGCGGUCACAACCACAUCCCACAUUCAUUGCUCAGCGUCCUCGCAUUAGGUGGUGGACCCGCCGAUAUACAGCGCGCCUAUGAUGAUGGUGUCGCAAUCCAACGUGCCAUCCCGCCGGUAGACGAAGCGACGGUGGAAGAACUGGGCAACCCGGCCGUGUUCCGCAAGCACAUCGGUGAUGUCAGCCAGUAUACCAACUUCAUGAUGUUUUUCAAGAAGCAAAUCGCAGCCAAAGGUUGGCAGCAGGUGCUUCAGGAGUACGUCUUCAGCGGUACACCUGAAGCGAAGACAAUAUUCGCCCAGUUGUACGAGGGCGCGUUCCACCCUAUCAUACACCUAGGCUUCGGCAUCGAAUUUGGCCUACCCAGCAUUAUCGCCGAGGGCCUUGCACAGGCGGCCGUACAUGAUUCAGCCGGACUAGAAGGUUUCUUCCUGCAGAGUGAGACGGAGGCUGCAGCGGCAAUCGGCACUGGUAAGUCCCUCCUGGCACUGUACAACGAAGUACGCGCCACCGACAAGAUCCGCCAUGCAGCACGCCUACAGGACGGCCCUGUGCGUGUGCGCGAAGGUGUGAUCGGGCGUGCUGGUGCAGAGAUCGCUUCGCUGGCGUCGCAGUACCGCAUCAAGCAGGACGACAUUGAGCGCGCCACGGCCGAGAUGAUCAAUCUCUGCGCAUACUCGGCCGGCGGUGCACAGCGGCCUGGGAAAGCGCGCAAGAUUGACUUCUUCUACAUGCACAACGUCAACGCCAGCAUCUUCUUCACUGCGUUGAUUCGUCAGGACUGGAUCAGCCCAGCUGAUAAGGUACUCUUGGUCGAGCGCAAGGCACGGAUGGAUCUCAUCUGGUAUGCUGCCAGCGCUGCGGCUGAGUUGCAUCUCGAUGACAUUGUUGGCUACCAGCCAACGUACAGCGCUGGUCUGGACUGGAGCGGACUCUACGCGGCGGUGAAUACGGCGCACGACGACGGCCACGUCGCCAAGUUCGUCCGUGCGGUAAAAAAUGGCGAGGAGGUGUCACGGCCGUUCGAGAGCGGCGAUGGAGCCGAUGACUUUCCCGUCAAAGGCGACUCGUGGUUCAAGCUGGCGCAGAUGGCGUACGACACUACGGUCAAGGAUGAGGUUGACGAUAAAUGGGUUUGGGGCGUGGGUUUUGAUCCUCUCUGGCAGCGCAUUCCAGACCUAGCCUGA